AUGCUGGAGGAGGGUGUGGAGACUGCUGUGAUUGAUUUGCAUGCUUUUGUGGGUGGUCUUGACUGUUUUACUCACAUGGACGAUGCUGUGCCACCACCUGAACGCCUUAUAAUGAUGAUGCAAUGGCCAAUGCAGCCUCAACUACCUGAUGCUUCAGCUAUUCAUGAGUGUCUAGGCAAUGCAGAAACAGAUCUACCGCUAAGGAUCACACUCAAGGAGCUUGGUAUUAUUAAGCUCACAUCACAGUUUGUGGCGCGGUAUGGGAAGCGUUUUCGCCAAGCUUUGAUGAUGAGAGUGGCUAUGAAUCCUCUGUUUGAGUUUAUGUUUUUUCGCCCUUCUUCCAAGAAGACAAUACGUAUGAACCUUGAGUUUAUGGAUCCAACUGAGAUCAGGUUCAAUAUUUUCACUGUGCUUGUUGAUGCGUAUUCCAGAGUACUAGUGCGUUCCAAAAGGCUGAAGAAGAGUGAUGCUUGUACGAGGGCCGUUCUUGAGAACUUUUUUAACUGUCUUCAAUUGGAGAGGCUGGAGGAUGGAGUUGAGGAGACUGCUUUGAUUGAUUUGUUUGCUUUUGUGAGUGGUGUUGACUGUUUUGCUCACAUGGACGUUGCUGACUAUUCUGCUGCCAUGCCACCACCUGAACGCCUUUCAGUGAUGAUGAACCGGUUAACACAACAAACUCAGCCGCCUGAUAUGCUUUUGCAGCUUCCAUUGGGAUCUCAGCUUACUAAUCACGUCCCUGCUAUGGGGAUCACACUCAAGGAGCUUGGUAUUAUUAAGCUGACAGCGCAGUUUGUGGCGCGGUAUAGCUCUGAAUUUUCGUGUGCUUUAGAGAAGGUACCAUCGUUUGAGUUCUUGGAUCCUUCCGAUAGCCGUUUCGAUUUUUACAUGGGGCUGUUUACUGCGCAUAGAAAAGUGUUAAAGUCUUCUAUCAAGCUGAAGAAGCCUGAUGUUUGUAUGUUGUCGACCGUGCUUGAGGGUUUUCACCAACGUCUUCAAUUAUGGGAGAUGCACAAGGGAGUGGAGGAGAUAUCUAUGAUUGAUUUGCAUGCUUUUGUGGGUGGGGUUGACUGUUUUGCUCACAUGGAAGAUAAAGACUAUUCUGCUAUCAUGGAUCCACCUGAACGCACUUCGAUGAUGGUUAACCAGCUAACAAAAAUGCAGCCAGCCACUCAUCAUGAGUGUCGUUUAAGACGUGGAUAUGAUUUUCCAUAUGCAUUUGGUGGUUGGAUCACACUCAAGGAGCUUGGUAUUAUGAAGUUCACAGCUCUGUAUGUGGCGCGUUAUGGGAUGCAUUUUUGUCACGAUUUGAUGAAGGAAGUGGUUAUGAAACCUCAGUUUAAGUUUAUGGAGCCAACUAAUAGCAUGUUCAGUUUAUAUAGUGUGAUUGUUGAUGCGUAUUCAAGAGUAUUAGAGCCUUCUGAUGAUGCUUGUACGACGACUGUUCUUGAGGAUUUUUUCUGCCGUCUUAGAUUGGAGAAGCUGGAGGUGGAGGAGGAAGAAGCUAUGAUUGAUUUGCAUGCAUUCUGCUUUAAUGCCACCACCUGA